GCAAACGGAAGAGGACCCCAAUGGCCCUGAACAUUUCUAAUAUGAGAGGAUAUUUUUAUCCAGUGCGCCAGGAGGUUCAGCUUGCUGCUGGACCGAGUUGAAACCAGUGCCCUACAAGCCAACAGCGUCUGCACGCGAGACCACACGCCUGCAAGAGGCCACCAAAGACAGGCUUGUGUCUGGAGGCAGAGAGCCGCGAUGACCCAGCUCCGGGGGACCACGCUGCUGUUCAGCCUGCUUAGUGCACUCCUUCCCUGGGAUGUGUGUGUUGGUGAACGGGUUGUUCACAUUGACAAGGGCCCCCUGUAUCGGGCGAUGGGGUACCCUAUCUCCAUCUCCUGCAACGUGACUGGGUUCAGCGGCCCUUCGGUCCAGAUGUUUCAGUUCUCAAUCUACAAGCCAGAAAACCCAGGCUCGGAGAUCAAAAUCAUCAGCACCGCCGACCCCAAUAUUGCUUACACCAAGUAUCAGAAGAGAGUGAGUGGCGGAGAUAUAGAAAUCGAGCGGUUGGCCGGAGCCUCUGUGCUGCUGCGAAUAAGGGAGCUUCUGGAAGACGAUAGCGGGGAGUACGAAUGCUUCACACCCAUCUCCGACGGGUCGUAUCUGGGAAGUUACAGCGCCAAAACCACAGUUCACGUAAUCCCGGACACCCUCAGUGCCUCAACCAAUCCUGCCACCCUCAGUAAGACUGAAGGGCAGUCCCUGCAGCUGGAGUGUGAAGUAUCCAGUCAGACCUACCAGCACACCCACCUGUCUGUCACCUGGUUCCUGCUGGGCAAAGACGACAGUGCGCCCCGUCCCAUAAUCUCCCUGAGCCGGGACCUCACGCUGGAUCCCGGGGAAGGGUUCCAGGAGCGCUAUCGCGCCGGCUCCGUAAGCCUCGAUAAAGUGCAGGACACCACGUACAGGCUGAGUGUGUCUCGGCUGCAGCUGACCGACCAGGGUAAAGUGCACUGCCAGGCCAGCGAGUGGAUUCAGGAUGCGGACCGGUCCUGGUACAGAAUCGCUUACAAAGACUCGGAGGCCUUCACUCUUCAAGUCCAACCCAUAGAUGUUGUCAGCGAUUCGUUCAGUGCCGGCAUUGAGGCCCCUGAGGGAGAACUACGAGAAGGAGACGCCCUGGAGAUCCAGUGCUCCAUAGAGGCGCAGAACAUUCAGGAAGGGUACUUCUCUGUGGCCUGGCUGAAAAAUGACAAGGAGGUAGCCGGGUUUGGGCCUACUGGCAUACCGUCCGUUGGGCUGGACUACUCUUCGAGAGAACGCGAGGGCGCGGUGAAGAUGGUCAAGAAGAGCGACAAGGACUACCUGCUGGCUGUCAGACCGGUCAGAACUGAGGAUGCUGGGAAAUAUCUUUGCAGAGUGUGGAGGGAGGAGAAGACGGCCGGGUCCUUCUCACGAGGCCAGAGCCAGGACUCAGGUGCUAAACAUGUGGCCGUCACCGCUAUAGAGCGUAAACUGGCAGUGACCACUCUGCACUCCACCCUGAAGGUGAAUGAGGGGGACGUUUUGCGUUUAACCUGCGGCGUGUCAGGUAGCAGCGGGCAGCUGUCUGUCACCUGGCAACACAGGGUCGGGCAUGGCGACUUUGGUGAUGUCAUCAGCCUGAGCCGCUACGGCGUUAUGGAGGCAGGAGUGCAGUACCGCCAGCGGACGGUAGGGGGCGACGUUCGGGCACUCCGCACUACACCAGAGUCCUUCACCCUGGAGAUCGCCAACGCCCUGCCCACAGACAACGGCACCUACAAGUGCACUGUGUCCGAGUGGGGGCCCGAGGCCAUGGGCGGCGGGGAGGUGGAUAAAAACUCUCAGGAAGUGAAUACUGAAGUCCUUUCUCUGGAUUCUCUAAUACACGCCCAGUUGAAAAGCCGCACGGUGCGUGUGAGGGAAAAUGAGGAAAUAGAGUUGUUCUGCAAGGUGAAAGGGCCAAGGUUCCCCCUGUCAGUGACCUGGAAUUUCAAGCACUCGGCGUCGGCAGCCCGGGAGGAGAUCGUUUCUCUCUCCCACGAUGGCGGCAUCUCCUGGCGGAAGACCCGGCGGAACUAUCAGCUCAGGACGGAGGUGCAGCCGGACGAGGUCAGCUUUGUCCUCAAGGUGUUCGGGGCGAGCUCGCAGGAAGGUGGGAAGUACCAGUGUGUCGUUGAUGCCUUUCUGCGCCAGACCCGGAGGGCAUCGAAAUCCUCCAACGAGGUGGCCGUGCAGGUCCUAAAGCCAAACAGCCGCUUGUCCAUCUCAGUCGGGCCCCGGUCUCUGCUCCAGCAGUCGGCAGGAUCCGACGUGCAGCUGGAAUGCACCGUUCUCGCCGCCACCACCGCCAAUGCCUCCCGCUUCGCCGUGUCCUGGGUGUUCCGGCCGGAGGGCGGGCAGAACCGCACGCUCCUCAGCGCGGACCGCGACUCGGUUCUGGAGGCGGAGGCAGGGCAGAGGUACAGCCUCAUCAGGCGUAAGGCGCGGUCCUAUGAGCUCCUCCUGCGACAGGCGGGGCCCGGGGACAGCGGGAGCUACUACUGCCGUGUGGAGGAGUGGCUGCAGGACCCCCACGGAGCCUGGGGCCCACUGGCGUCCACUUCUGCCGUCAUACAGCUCCUCGUAAGCCCGCGAGAGAGUAAUUUCAGCGUGACGAAAGGCAAAUCGAAGGUCACGGUUCACGAGAGCCAUCAGGUGGACCUCCGCUGCACUCUGGGCCCCGGCAGCCUCACGCCCACGUCUCACUACGCCAUCACCUGGUCCUUCGUCCCGGCGAACUCCUCAGAGAAGGUGAUGCUGAUGCAGUUCAGCCAUGACGGUCUGCUGGAUUACAGGGGCGUGAACGCAGAGCUGAUGAAGAGGAUGGUUUUCUCCAGGCCCUCCCAGGGCUCCUUCGGCCUCUCCAUUCAGAACAUGGACGCCGGCGACAGCGGCCGCUACUCCUGCCAGGUGGACGAGUACCAGCUGGACUGCGAGGGGAAGUGGCAGCAGAGGGCCACCGACCGGUCAGGAGUCACCAGCGUCAACGUCCUUCAGACGGAGAGUAACCUGCAUGUUCAGAAAGAUAACGUCAAUGUUACCAUGGGCAACCAGCAGGGCAGCUUCACGAUCAACUGCAACAUCACCUCGUAUUCGAGCGCCGCCUCAGUUUUCGAGGUCACCUGGUGGCGUCGGCCAGGGUACGGGGCAGAGGAGCCCCACCCCAUUUUCAGAGCUGCGCGAAACUUCACCUUGCAGCACCUGGACAAGAGCAGGAAGCGUCUUCUCUUCGGUCGACCCCGAGCCACUCUGUACACCCUCACAGUCCCUGACGCCCAGCCAUCUGAUGGAGGCCAGUACUACUGCCGUGUGGAGGAGUGGCUGUUGUCUCCCAGAAACUCCUGGAGGAAGAUUGCAGAGGACACAUCUGGAUAUCUGAAUGUUUUGUUCCAAGCACAAGCAGGGAGUAAUUUCAGUGUGCAGAAGCUUGACAUUGACCUCAGCAUUCAGGAGGGAGAUAUGGUGGACCUCCGCUGCACUCUGGGCCCUGGCAGCCUCACGCCCACGUCUCACUACGCCAUCACCUGGUCCUUCGUCCCGGCGAACUCCUCAGAGAAGGUGAUGCUGAUGCAGUUCAGCCAUGACGGUCUGCUGGAUUACAGGGGCGUGAACGCAGAGCUGAUGAAGAGGAUGGUUUUCUCCAGGCCCUCCCGGGGCUCCUUCGGCCUCUCCAUUCAGAACAUGGACGCCGGCGACAGCGGCCGCUACUCCUGCCAGGUGGACGAGUACCAGCUGGACUGCAAGGGGAAGUGGCAGCAGAGGGCCACCGACCGGUCAGGAGUCACCAGCGUCAACGUCCGCCAGACAGAGAGCACCCUGCAUGUUCUGAAGCAUGACGACAAUGUUACCGUGAGCGACCAGCAGGACAGCUUUGUGAUCGUCUGCAACAUCACCUCGUAUUCGAGCGCCGCUUCUGUUUUUGAAGUCACCUGGUGGUGUCGGCAGGCGGAUGGGAAAGGGGAGUCCCGCCCCAUUUUCAGAGCCAGGCGAAACUUCACUCUAGAGCACCUGGACAAGAAGAAAGAUGGUCUUCUCUUUGGUCGACCCCGAGCCACUCUGUACACCCUCACAGUCCCUGACGCCCAGUCGUCUGAUGGAGGCCAAUACUACUGCCGUGUGGAGGAGUGGCUGCUGUCUCCCAGAAACUCCUGGAGGAAGAUUGCAGAGGACACAUCUGGAUAUCUGAAUGUUUCGUUCCAAGAACAAGGUUCCGUCAGAGUGCUGGAAGCCGCAUGUGCCUACGGCCCGAUACCGAUUGUGCUGUCCCUCCUCAUCGCUCUCCUGGUCCUGGUGGUCGGCGCCCUGUCGUACAAACUCUGGAAGGCGGGGGGGCGGUCUGCGAAGAGGAAAUCGGAUGAUUCGUUCUGGGAGAGCAACCCGCUGAAGCCCAAGCCCUAACGGGGGGGAGAGCCCCUGCACAAACCAGUAAAGCUGUGGUAAGAAAACUACGCUUGAACCCAUAAUGUUGUGGACAUAAUCACGGGUGUUUGGAGGCUAACACACUUCCAUAUACAGUGACGUGCGCACAAGUCAUAUGCUACUGACAUCUGUACCACUGGGAUUAGUGGAUGUGCCAUUCAUUUGUAGGCCUAGCCAAGCCCACUGAGGUUUGGCUUAUCAAACUAAGUCUGCUGCCAUCUUGUGUUCAGUGUUCAUUUCCUAUCUUGGGCUGAACACGUCAUGAUGCCUGAUCUACAGUAAAUCCUCAAAUUGUGUCCGGGAUUCUAUUUGAAGCCGGGCCUCGGAUAAUAGCCGGGGGCGUGGUCGAUUCGGACAAAUAAAGGCCGGCCCCCAAAUACAAGCCGGGGUAAUAUUGCCUACCAGUAGGGCUAUCAGUCCAUGAGCACUAGAAGACAUUGUUUUGAUUUAACUCAAUGAAAUAAAAGAGCUCUUCUUAAUAUUUUAUAUUGUUGGUUGGUUUAAUACUGUUGCCAAUGAAAAGUCGUUGUCCUACACCAUGGGUCUCCAGCACGUUGCUCUCUAGCUACCAGUCACUUGCCGUCCCCUUCUGAGUAGCUUGCCAAAAGCUGAAGCAGUAUACAUUUAAACACAAUUGUUGCCGCGAGGCAUUCCAGCCUACGAAUUUAAUAAAAAGUAGUAAAUCAGGCAAAAUGAAAAAUUAACUCAAUUUAGGCUACUUGGCUACGCAAUAAGGUUUCCAUGUAUUUACAGCACAGCGCACGUUCAAUGAAUGAAUGAAACGGGUGGAAAUCCCGACACUCUUUCAACUACAUAAAACUUAACAGUGAACCACCAAAUACCCCCCAGAUUUCAGUGCCCAUCAGUCCCAACAUUUAGCAAUUGAAUCAAACAGUCCAAAAGUAAAUUAAAUCCCAAACCAAAGCGAAAAUCUUUUGAUAGCCUACCGGUAUGCUGCUCCAAACGAAACGCAUGUCUCACAAUAAAACGCACUUUAGGAAAAAAAGAUCCUUAACUUGCUAAUUUGUUAUUGGUCAUGAAGGCGUGUCUGGCAAGUUGGUAUUUUAUGAAGACGCAUCUGUUUUGGCUUUCAUUCAUGGUUUAGCUACUCAAGUUGCGUUUCUGAACGGUUACAGGAAGUGUUGGCCCACUUUAAGUGUAGCCUUUUACUUUAUUUCUAAGAAUAAAAUUCUACAACAGAAGCCUAAUAAGAAAUAAAGGCCUGCCUCGAAUACAAGCCUGCCCCAAAUAAAGGCCUGUGCUUUGUGCAGCCUAAGUAAAUAAAAGACCCCGGCCACAAUUUGAGGAUUUACGGUAGUCAUAAAUAUGCUUAAAUAAUUGAGGGAAUUUUAAUUAUCAUACAUAAAAUUAUGAUAAUUUGCUGUUAUAGUAACUUAAUGUGCAAAGUUCCAGUAUGAAAAUGUCACUUGGGGUAGGGUUGUUACGAAACCAUACUAUUCUUACUUUCUUCCAGCAUUAAUGUCGAGGUUUAAACAAAUGAUUUUCUGCAUUUCUAAUUGUAUUUAUGGCGCUUCAAAUGUUGAUGACUGCUUCAUCAUGAUGACUCUUAUUAUGAUGACUGCUUUGUGAUGUUGCCUGCCAUAGCCUAACACAAUGGGUAAAUCACUGCUGGACUGCUAAAUUCAUGGUUUUUAAGCUGGAUUUUCCUUUCUUCAAAAUGCCUUGACAUGAAAUAAGAAUAGUCUUAAUCAUUUUAAUGAAAGCCUCCAAAAUAUUUUGCAGUCAUAGCUGAAUACAAUAAAAGCAUUUGUACCAUGUCAAAUUUGGCACUUUUUUAAAUAUGGAAAGCACAGGUGUAAUGCACACACAGUUUUGUUUUAUAGUGUUUACAGGUAUGGACUGACAGAGUGUGAAUGUUCGGCUAAAUGAAUCUGAAUGAACAGGGUAGAAACGCUUCAGAAGAUGUCCUUUUCAGAAAGCAUCUCUGUUUGGACAGUGUUCUGUUUAUAAUUGAUGUCUCAGGAAUUUAAUGAACUCGUUUUGUGCUGGGAGAAGGUUUCUUUGAAAUAUUAUUUUAAUUGCGCUGUUAAAUUAGUUUUUUUUAUUUUUUCCAGAGUUUUUUUCUUUGUAUUUCUUUGUAUUUCAUUCUAUUCAUUCUAUUUUACACUGAUUCGCAUGUUAAUUAUCAGCUGAAAUUUAUUUUUUCCAUAAAGGUGAAACUUCGAAAAGAAGCUCAAAAGAAAUUUGCUAAAUGUGCUUUAUUGAUUUGUACAGUAUGUUCUCUAGUGUGAGAUUUGUUCAGCAACUUACUUUUUGAAAAAAAUAAAAUAAAAUUGUGCCAUACUGAAACUAAACAAGCUACAGUAUGUCUGUUGAAUAUUACCAUGCUAUAAAUAUCAUAUCAUAGAGAAUAAACAUCUUCUAUUUUUGAGUCUAGAGUCUUUUUAACAUUUCGAGAGCAUGGAAACUGUUAAUCUCUCCAAAAAAUGUAGCUUACAAGGUCACAUGGGGUGUUCAGUGCAGCAAUAAAAUGCACCAUUUUCAAUAAUAUGAAAUGCAAUCCUUUAUUCAUUGCAGAUGUUAAAGUAAUAUUAUUAUUAUUAUUAUUAUUAUUAUUAUUGUUGUUGUUGUUGUUGUUGUUGUUGUUGUUGUUGAAAUAGGCUGUUUUAAAGCAGCAGGAUAUAAUUUAUUCUUAUGUUAGCUUUCUGAAUGAUACCAUUCUUUAAGAACAGUGCAAUAGUCUGUUUGCAAGGCUGAGAAAUGGUGACUAUGAAACCUGAAACAUAUACAAAGACCCCCAAUUCCCUUUCUUUACACACUCAAAAUAUCAGCUAAUAGAGGUGCAGAUAAUUAAAUGAACAACAUGUAGUUGUGUUAAUUCAUGACUACAUAGUUAAUAGUAAUGAAUACCAUACUAAAUGGAAACUGUGCUCCCAAUUGUUGUGCUUUUGACUUUAGAAUUUUUCUUCUUCUUUUUUGUCAAUAAAGUAAUUAUCUGUUUAAUACAGUUAUGUCC